CUAAUACAAACGUCCAAGGUUCGAGUCCGACUUUGGCGCUUUCCAGCUUGACCACUGAACUCUUUUUCAAACUAUUAAAUAGACAAUCAAAUCACAACUCUGAUAUUUCAACAACGAAAAAUCAUAUUUAAGAAAAUCUGCAAAAGGUGAAGCGCAGAUCUGACCAAGCAUUAGAGAAAUUUGAAAGGUUUUGGUUGAAUUGAGAGAAUUCGAAUUUCAAUUGUUCACAGGUUUAAAGGAAAAUAACAGAAUCGAGGUCAAUUAGGUCAAAAUGGUUAAGCUGACGAUGAUAGCAAGGGUUACCGAUGGGCUUCCUCUAGCGGAAGGGUUGGAUGACGGCCGCGAGCAGAGAGAUCUGGAGUUGUACAAGCAACAAGCCAAAUCUUUGUUCAAGAAAUUGUCUCAGGGCCAGCACGAGGCCUCUAGAAUGUCAAUUGAAUCGGGCCCCUAUGUAUUUCACUACAUCAUUGAAGCUCGAGUUUGUUACUUAACCAUGUGUGACCGAUCAUAUCCGAAAAAGCUUGCAUUUCAAUAUCUGGAGGAUCUUAAAAAUGAAUUUGAAAAAGUUAAUCAUUCUCAAAUUGAAACUGUGGCAAGACCCUAUGCGUUCAUUAAAUUUGAUACAUUUAUUCAAAAGACAAGGAAGCUGUACUUGGAUACUCAGACACAAAGAAACCUUGCCAAGUUGAAUGAUGACCUGUAUGAAGUGCAACAGAUUAUGACUCGAAAUGUUCAAGAGGUUCUGGGAGUUGGUGAAAAAUUGGACCAGGUCAGUCAGAUGUCUAGUCGGUUGUCAUCUGAGUCUCGUGUAUAUGCUGACAAAGCUAAGGAUCUAAACAGACAGGCCUUUAUCCGGCAGUGGGCACCUAUAGCAAUUGUUAUUGGAGUUGUUGUUGUGUUCCUAUGGCUGAAAGGCUAUAUCUGGAAAUAAUUGUGCCUGGAGUAUGAAAGUCAUUUUUCCAUUGCGGCAAGAAGAAAAGUCUCCUAAUAAAAUCCAUUACGUGACUUGUGAAAUGGAAGGACUGCUAUCAACUGAACAGUUAUUUUGGAGUUGCUAUUGCAUGCAGGUUUCGAAUGUAUGACAUAGAUCUGAGGUUGGACACUAUGAACUUGUUGUCCAACAAGAGGGAGAGAAGUGAUGGGCUUAGUCUGAGCAAAAGUUGAAUGCAUUACAUUGUAUGGUACCAAUACAGUUUUAGAGGAAGAGAGAGAUUUUCCCACUGGGAAAUUUAAUGACAAGGUCUAAUUGAAUUUUAGUGUUACUCUGAAUUAUUUUGAUUGUGAAUGCCUUAGGUAGAUUGGACUCUUCAUAUAAUUUUUAUGCAAAUUAAUGUUGAACAAACAUAAUUUUUU